AAAGUUUGAGUGUCCCAAUGCACUUGACGCUGAUUCAUUUGUUCCGCUACUUUUUCUCUUUGCGUGUUGUUUAUUUGGAUCCAUCCCUCCAUCACAGUCACCAGGGAGAAUGCUGCGUUCUAGAUGAUGUCACCCCGUGCUUGGAGUUUCAUGGAGAGGCUUAGCUGAGGUGCCUGUGGAAGUGGAAAGCAUUUACCGGCUGGAGUUUAAGCCUCCAAAUAUUGUAGUGCGGACCAGCCUCCUCAGUCACAGUGAUUCCUCAUCCCCACAGGGCUUAGUCACGGCUGCAUUGAUGAAAUCUCACACCUUCUCAGGUCAAAACAGGAGAAAGGCGGCAUUGGAGAAGCUGAUUUCUCUGGAGCAUUUGGGAGGAGGUUCGAUCGAGGUGUGCAAGAUUCCUGCGAGGCCCUUGAGGUGAAAAGGAACCACAGAGCCAGGUCUAAGGAAUAGCGACAGCACCAUGAGUCAUUGGCUUCAUUUGGUCCCUGCUUUGUUGAUGUGGAGUCUUCCCUCUCCCUCUGUGGCCCAGACGGCUAACUAUACCACCCUCACCAUGUUCUUCACCGUCAACACCACAGUCCAUUCCACUCCAAGAGCUUCGAGCAGUUCCUCAGCCAAUGAGAGCACAACAUCAAACCAAACCGAGGCCAGCCCAACGAAUGCUACCAGCCCUCUCGAUGACUUCUCGGCCGGUGACAGCCAGAUGCCACCAGGCAGCGAGGGGGCUCUCACCACUCUCCCCGCAGGGCAAACUGAAACCUCCGCGACUGGGAAGGAGAGCACUCUGCGAUCGGCAGGUCCGACCUCCAAGCCUCGCCCCACUCCUCACGGAACUGAGGAGGGUCUGCCAUCCACUACCCCGUCCAGGACACUCGGAGGAUCCUCACCCACUCGGGCGGAAACGUCGGCAGGCACCACCUGGGAAACCAGGCGCCUCUCCUGUGAACCCUCCUCCGUUUCAGGACAGGACAACCCCAAAACAGAGAAGAAGGGACAGUUUGGGAAAACACUGGGGAUCUUCAUAGGCUUAGCGGUUGUCCUGCUUCUGGUGUUCGGGCUGGUCUACUUGAUCUACAACAGGACACAAAAGGAUGACCCGUUCUCACACCAAAGGCUCUACAACAGUGACCCAGUUCUUAGCCUCGAUGUUACAGUGGAGCCCCCAGAUCGAUUCUAUGGGAGUCUGACCCCUGACCCUGGCCGAGAGGGUCAGGGGCACCAUGUGAUGUCGCAGAAAGCCCUGAAUCAGCCGAAGGAGGAGAUGAAAAAGCCAGCAUCCCCCCCUCAAACCCACGACGAGAUUCAGCUGAAACCGAUGUCCGAAAGCUCGGUGAAGAUAUUUCUCUGAAAUAUAGUUUAUGUUUCUCUUUAAACUCAGAAGCAAUGGUGCAAAUAAAUAAA